GGUGGGGGGCAGGGAUUUCCUGCUUGCUUGUCCUGCAUUCCAAGUAAAAAGAAAAAAAAGUUUGUGAAAGAGAUCCCAAUUCUUGUGAAAUACUCUGAAUAUGAAAAAGCCCUGACAACAGAUACUAUGAUCAAUGUGACGGCAGUGUGUCAAGUCGAAGGCUGGGGUGAUCUAAUGGUGGAAGGAACCGUUACAUUAAAGAAACCGAAUCUCAUAGUUAAGGUUAUUGGACUAGUCAAGGUGGGCAAUUCAGUGACUGUUGAAGUUAAAUUUACUAAUCCUCUGCAUCUCCCAGUGAAUGAUUGUGUGCUCACAGCAGAGGGUAGUGGUUUAACAGACCAUGAAGUAAGGAAA